AUGGGCAACCUUGUUAUUGCCAAAGCAAUCCAUUCCGAAUUUGUGACUAGCUGCAAGUAUCUCGGUACCAUGGGCGAUUCGCGGCCAGUCUAUAUCUACGAGAUGGAGCAUCUUCCUGGGGCUGCUCACAUAAUGGCGCGCAUUCCUCCAGACGACAUGUCCCGACAGUAUAACACCAUCAAGGACUUUGCAAGGUUCUUUGCACAGUCAUGGAACAGCAAUCUACAGCCAUGCUCAGAUGCAACCGCGACCUUGCUUAUGGAGUUUCAGUCAAAUUUUGAUCUUCUUGCUCGAAAUCUGCCGUCUCGCUUUGCACCAAACCUAGAAAUGGUCCGCAAAGAGCUCCCGUCUCUCUUCAAAGCUCUCCCAUUUGUUCUUAGCCACGGUGACCUUAACGUGAUGAAUAUCCUCGUCAAUCCCAACACCGGAAAUAUCACAGGGAUUGUUGACUGGGCUGAAUCGAGGAUUCUGCCGUUCGGCUUCGCGCUAUAUGGACUUGAGAAUCUUUUGGGCCGGAUGGAUUCAGAAGGGUGGCACUACUACGAUCGCUACCGCGAACUCGAGAGCCUCUUCUGGCAAACCUUUAGAGAGGAGGCUCAUAAUUUCUCUGACGCUGAUUUGUGUUUGAUUCGCGCUGCUAGAAUAGCUGGACUUUUCUACAAUUAUGGAUUUAAUUUUGACACUAAAGGGAUGGUUCAAAGUGUGCGGAUGGACCAGCCGGAUGGUUCGCUCGCAUAUCUCGAUGCCUUCUGUGCUGCUGGUGAGUGGGCCCCUCUUCCAUCAGCCUGA